AUGAUUCUCCUUCGAGUAUGGGUGUUCUCACUGCUUCUAAGCUGCUCGGUGACGAUGGCUAAACGAGGCGGUGGAUCACAUGGGCGGGGACGUUCUCGUUCCCGUUCCGCCUCGGCGCCACGAUUCACACGAAAAUACGCCAAGACUGGCUCAAUUGAGCGAACGUCCCUGUUCCGAUCGACGGUCUUUGGAGCUGCUGCCGGUUACCUGACUUUCAGGGCCGGAAGGCAUAUCAUCAAUGAUCCCUACCAACCGAUUAUGUUUGGCAGUCGUUCGUACUAUUGGAACGCGGACCUGCAGCAACCCACGAAGCACUGCCGGUAUACUACCCGAAUGACACCCGUCCUACGGAAAUCGCCUAUGGCUGUGCAGAAGGCGACUACUGCUGCGGGAUACGAUUGUUGUCAGGAAGGAACGUUCUUCACCAGCCUCUUUCGCCUUCUGGUGUUCAUUCUGGUGAUGUCCGUGCUCGGGGUGAUCUGCAUUGAAGCCUUUCGAUGGGCUCUGAAUUGUAUAUACAUGUGUAAAUAUGGUCACCCACGUGAUGUCGAACCGCUUAGCAUUUGA